AUGGCCGCGCCGAACGAGGCGUCUCCAUCCCCGCCCCCGAAGCUGCACACGCGGCUGCGGCUGUGGGAGUUCGCGGACCGGUACCUGUUCGAGCCGGUCGACGGCCUCGCCGACCUGUUCCUGUCAGUAAACCGCACCAACGGGUCCAUGAACCUGGUGGAGGAGCUGCCGCCGCGCGGCCCCUCUGCGAACCCGAAAGUCAGGAUCGUGUUUGGUGUGAUGGGAGUGCUCAGGCUCGCGGCCGGCUCGUACUGCCUGGUGAUCACCGACCGCGACUGCGUCGGCUCCUACAUGGGGCACGCGGUCUUCAGAGUCACGGGGCUCAAGGCUCUGCCCUGCCACACCGCUUCUUCGGCUGAGCAGAAAAAGAUGGAGAACGAGUUCUCUGAACUCAUUGAUGCUGCGGAGAGGUCUAUAGGCCUGUACUUCUCAUACGAGACCAACUUGACACUUACUUUACAGAGGCUAUAUGACCUCGGCGACAAGUUCAAGGCGCUUCCACUUUGGAGACAGGCAGAACCAAGAUUUCUUUGGAAUGGUUACUUGUUGGAGCCACUAAUUGAGAGCAAACUCGACCAAUACUUAUUGCCGGUCAUUCAAGGAAAUUUUCAGAACAUACAUGCAGAAGUUAGGUCAGAAAAGGUAAAUGUAACCAUGAUUGCACGCAGGUGCACACGAAGGAUAGGUACACGGUGUUGGAGACGAGGCGCUGAUCCAGAGGGCCAUGCAGCAAAUUUUGUUGAAUCAGAGCAGAUAAUGCAAUCAAAGGGAUUUACAGCAUCUUAUGUACAAGUUCGAGGUUCAAUGCCUUUUCUGUGGGAGCAGAUAGUUGAUUUGACAUACAAACCUAGUUUUGAUGUCAUUAGAGUAGAGGAGGCGGCUCGUGUGCUUGAGCGACACUUUCAUGAUUUACAAAAGAAAUAUGGAGCUGUCGUGGCUAUUGAUCUUGUCAACAGUAGUGGUGCUGAAGGCCGUCUCUAUAAAAGAUAUGAACAAUCAAUUGAGCCUAUCCUCAGUGAAGAUAUAAGAUUCGUGCAUUUUGACUUCCAUAAAAUCUGUGGCCAUAUUCAUUUUGAGCGCCUUUCUCAGUUGUAUGAUCAAAUUGAGGAUUAUCUUAAGAAGCAUAAGUACUUCCUUUUGAAUGAGGAAGGCAAGAAAACUGAGGAACAGACUGGCACUGUCAGAACAAAUUGUAUUGAUUGCUUAGAUCGCACUAAUGUAACUCAGAGCAUGGUUGGGAGAAAAAUUCUCGAAAGCCAGCUCCAACGGCUAGGUGUUCUUGGUGCUAAUGAUACAAUAAGCAAUUAUCCAGCUUUUGAUGCAGAUUAUAAAGUUUUGUGGGCUAAUCAUGGAGAUGCAAUAAGCACCCAGUACUCUGGUACUCCUGCUUUGAAGGGAGACUUUGUCCGGUACGGGAAACGAACUACUCAGGGGAUUCUAAAUGAUCUGUGGAAUGCACUUGCUAGAUACUACUUGAACAACUUUGCAGAUGGUACUAAGCAGGAUGCCAUGGAUCUUAUUCAAGGACAUUACGUGUCAUCUGUUAGUCGGGACAUUGCAGUUCCAGGCAAACCAGGAGCUCUGGAGUCCUUCCGUGUUGCUUUUGCAUUGGUUCUGGGUGCUGCUAUGUUCAUGUUGAUAUCACUACGACAAGCCCGGAACGAUCUUCGCCACUUGGUGGUAGCCCUCGUGUGGGCUGGUCUCUGCAUUGGCAUCACACAAUACGUCAAGAAGAACGGUCGGAAAUUCUGCAACCGACCUCGGUUUUUCCUCUCACGCCAUUGAUUGGUAUGUGAAGGCACCGUCUGCGUAUGCUAAUUGAUCCUGGUAGCUCGUCGCAAGCUUCUUCUCGCGGCAACUUCUACUGUGCGAUGUUUUAUCAAUAGCUGUUUUUUCUUUUCUUCUGAAGAGCACUUUCCCUUCUCAAAUUUGUAUCAAGUCCUAUCUUUUGCACUUCCCUAUCCCAAAUUUGUAUCAAAAGUUUCAUCGCCGCCAUGCUGCAAUUUUGUUUAUAUAUUCUUUCCCUGUCCCGCCACAACAAGGUUUGUUUAGUUCAACAUAAUUGAAAAAAA